AUGGGAGUUGAAGAAAUGGUUGCAAUGUUUUUAGUUGUUGUUGGAAAUGGGGUAGGUAAUAGAAUGAUUCAAGAAAGGUUUCAACACUCAAGGGAGACUGUUAGUAGACAUUUUCAUCGGGUACUUCGUGCUUGUCUUAAGUUGUCUAUGAAAUAUAUUAAACCUGAAGAUCCUACAUUUCAUGAUUGUCAUUCAAAAAUAAAAAAUGAUCAACGUUAUUGGCCUUUUUUCAAGAAUGUUAUAGGAGCAAUUAAUGGUACUCAUGUGUCAUGUGUAGUUAAUGCCAACGAGCAAACCAGGUAUAUUGGAAGAAAGGGAUAUCCUACACAAAAUAUAAUGGCUGUAUGUGAUUGGAAUAUGUGUUUCACUUUUGUAUUAGCCGGUUGGGAAGGUACUGCCCAUGAUGCACGUGUUUUUGACCAAGCUCUCACAAAUGUGAACCUUAAUUUUCCACACCCUCCUCCUGGUAAGUAUUAUUUGGUAGAUUCUGGCUAUCCAACACCAAUAGGAUACAUUGGUCCCUACAGAUGUGAACGUUAUCACCUUCCUGAUUUUAGGCGUUCUAACGGGUUCGCAAAUAAUAAUGAAGUAUUUAAUUAUUAUCACUCAAGUUUAAGGUGCACAAUAGAAAGAACUUUUGGAGUAUGGAAGAACAGAUUUGCAAUUUUGCGUUGUAUGCCCAAGUUCAAAUUUCAGACGCAGGUUCAAAUAGUCGUCGCAACAAUGACCAUUCACAACUUUAUUAGAAGGAAUGCAGAAAUUGAUGUUGAUUUUAAUCUUUAUGAAGAUGAAAAUACAACCAUUCACCAUGAUGAUUACCAUAUAUCGCCUAACUUAGAUCAAUCACAAGUUUUAAAUGUCGCUUCAUCAUUAGAGAUGGAUCACGUUCGCGACUCAAUUCGCAAUAAAAUUAUAGAGUACAAGUUAAAAACUUAA